CAUCGCUUUCUACGCUUCUUUGCAACUUCGUCGUCUGUUUGAGUCUCUACUAUACUCAGUAGGCCUGGUUUACCCAUGAACAUGCUGUCAUGUCUUCCCGCACUGUUGUCUUUCGUGUCUCACCUAAUGAUCCGACUCGCGCCUUGCCAUGGCUUGUCAACGGCAACCCACAUCUCGAUUUGACUAGAUCAAUUCUGAAGGAAACCUCCACAAGAUCGACUCAGACAUGGCUGGAUCACGCUUGGAAUAUGUUUGCACCUCGCCCCAUCUUUGAUAUCCGUAGGCUUCCCAUUGAGAUCCGACUUCUCCUCUUUCGUCAAUGCCUCUUGGAUGAGUACAAAGAACGGUCGACACCGGCUCUCAUCCAAGCUUUGCGACCGGACCCACAGCUUUAUGAAGAAGUUCUAGAAGUUUACUAUUCCAUCAAAUUAUGCUCAACUCCGAGAUGUGGAGAAAGAGUGAAAACGAUUCCUCAGUCUGUCAUGCGUCGAGCAACCGCACUUCGCGUGUGGUAUCGUCCAGAAUAUCUCGACGAGAGGCAAAAUCAACACAAGCGAAUGCAAUGCAAUUUGUUUGAUCUGCCACUAGACCCAUAUCCAAGUCUACGUGGUCACAUUCGAUCUCUAUAUAUGGCUACAGACGUCAUCAAUCACCCAGGCACAUCGACAAUGCAGGUGUUGGGUGCUCUGGUACGAGCAGUGAUUGUCCAUCUUCCUGCUUUAGGAGUCUUGACUGUCGAAAUACCACACAAGGAGUGUAGCUUCGAAACUGCCACGUGCGAGCUUGUCCCGCUCCCCCUUCCAUACCCGACUUUUGCCAUUGAUUAUGCCGCCGGCGUAAUUCACAAGUGGGACGUGCGUCCCGCUGAGCGUGAAGCCUGGGCGAACAUUGCCAUUACAUGGGACGCCGGGCCUUACCAAAACUUAACAUGGACUGACUGCGAUUAUUGGCGCAGCAUCCCAUGGAAGAGAAUCUGCCUCCUUUUUACUAUAUUAACGGUCUCACACAAGGUCGACUUCUGGAAGACACCGCGCUAUCACAAUAUUGGGCUUGGAUGUUCAAGGAAUGCUUCAACCCAAAUUUGGUGCGGGGAUUCCUGUUGCCAGAAAUUCCUCACCAUGAAGGAAGAAAACUUGGCUUUCAGCCCUGAUGGUUGGCCAAAUAUUAAACCUUGGAGAGAACCUGAUAUCUUGGAUCCUCGACUGGAAGAAGCUAGGAAUGAAUUUAUGGCUCCUAGGUAUCUCUUUACACGAAACUGGGAGUCUGGGAAUGUCCGUUCUCGCAAUGGUGCUGUUAUCAUCCCUUGAUGGGCUCAUCCCAUUACGCCGUUCUAUGGGCUAGUACUUGGAUGCAGUGUCACUCAAGCUUUACAAGAUCCAGGGAAACUGCCAACACUUAAAGCAACUUCUAAGAGUUCGAAGAGCCUAUUGGUUUCU